CAGCAAUUUGAGGGUUCGGAAUUUUCGGGACUGCUCCGCUCCUCACAUCUGACACCAUGGCCUACCAAGAGCGGGGCAUUAACAACAGGUGGGGCACUGAAGACAACAAGUUGGCCAAGACUUUGUUGUGCGACAAUGGUAUCAGCAACACCGACCUGAAAAAGUCCCGAAACGACGAUGACGAGAGUACUGACUCCUGCUCCACUGAUGAAGGUCAGAACCGCGUGCCGGUGCAGGUUGGUCCCGGGCUAUUCCCCACGCACAAGGACGAUGCAGCCUAUGUGGAGUCUGAGUUCGACUACGAUGAGGACGAAGAAAUUCCUUCGGAGCAGGGAGUGCCUGGAUUUACAGCUGUCGACUCCCGCCCUGAGGUGCGUAGCGAAGGUCCUCCACAGUGUGAAGCAGAUCAGAUUGAGACCUGGUUCUCUGCCGAGGAAACAUUGUUCAUCUUUGACUGGGACGACACCGUGUUGCCCUCCAGCUGGGUUCAAAGUCAAGGCUUGCGCCUCGAUGAGAGCUCCGAAGUUCUUAACUAUCACCGACAACAGCUCUACAAGGUGGCCACAGCCGCGGCCGAGACCUUGCGCAUCGCCAAGCAAUUGGGGACGGUUGUGCUCAUCACCAACGCUGAGAGGGGCUGGAUCGAAUUGAGUUGUCAGAAGUUCUUGCCCACUCUGUUUCCAGCCCUGGAGAGCGUUAAGGUGCUGUCUGCCAGGACGACCUAUGAAAAUUCUUGCACGUCGUCGCCGUUGGACUGGAAGGUGAACGCCUUUGCGGCGGAAGUGUCGCGCGUCUACGGACGUGGUGACAGGCGCAAGAACAUUCUGUCGUUGGGGGACAGUGUACAUGAGCGCGAGGCCUUAUUGAGGUCCACAUCACGGUUGCCGAACUGCAGGUCCAAAUCGCUGAAGUUUGUGGAACGUCCGGACAUUUCCCAGAUUUGCAAGCAGCACACCCUUGUUUGCAGUUGCUUUGAAAAAAUUGUGCACCAUGAUGGUAAUCUCGACCUUUGCAUCAAAUGUGCUUGAUCCAAGUCACGUGGACCAGCCAGCAUCGGCCAGAUCUUCGUGCUAUGAUUGCUAUGUCCCGGGGGAACCCGAAACGGCAG